AUAAUUGUUUAAAGGUUAUUUUAAGGUUGUUAAAGUUUUAAUUUUUUCAAAAAAAUAAUUCAAAAAUUAUCAGAAUGGACUAUUGUUAUUCCUACUUUUACAAUAGCAGCACUAAUUUCGAACCAAAAAAGUUAGCUUGUGAAGCUGGCUUCAUUGAUGAAGGAGGAAGUGCAGUACCCCUUCCUGAAGAACUGACAAAAAUGUUCAAACCUUUGGAAUGUGAACUAUGUGGUGUUGUUGUGACUUCUGAGGUCACUGCAUAUACACAUUAUGAAGGUAAAGUUCAUAUGAAAAAUGUUAAUGCUUUCAUGAAAGAACAAUACAAUAUUUAUGGUUCUAUGAAAAAAAUCAAAGUUGAGUUCACCCCACAUCUGUGUGAAGUUUGCAAAUGUGAGCUUUCCUCUCUUAUACAAGCCCAGCAACAUUAUACUGGAAAAGUUCAUAAGAAAAAUUUAAGAAAGAUUAAUUAUGAUCCACAAGCAUCAAUGGCUAAUCCAUCUGAAAUUAAUGAUGAUGAGUUAGGUCCAGAUUUGCUUAAAGAUCUACCUCCACCACCCCCUCCACCUGUGCUGUCUGACUUCAUUUGUGAGAUCUGUAAUAUAACCACUAAUACUGAAUAUCAACUAAUUGUACAUAAAAAUGGAUCUAAACACAAAAGGAAAGUUAAAAAGCUAAAGGAAUCAUUUGGCGACUUUGGUACUGAUGGUUUUGGAUAUUUUACAGGAGAUAUGCCUUCAGAAAACUAUUCUGAGAGCCAGGAAUGUACAUCAGUGGAGCCAAUCGUAACUGAUUAUUUACCUUUAUCCAAUGAACCAUUGCAAUUUAAUAAUAUAAUUAAUAGUAAUAAUUUCCAAUACAAUGUCAAUCCAACUCAGUUUGUGUCAAAUCAGUUUGAAGAUGAGGAAAAUGAUCAAAAUGCUCCUCUGUGUAUAAAAUGGUUCAAUGACAAAAAAGAAGCUCCCCCAACAAGACCCAUGGAAGAGGCAUGGGUUGAAACUUUCAAUAAAACAGCAGAAGAAACACAGAUUCAUGCACUUUCCACUAAAAUGUCUCAAAAUCUGAAUAACCUCAUUAUUCCAUCUCGAGGAGAAAAUAAUUAUUUCAUCCCUCCUUCAACAUCCAAUAUAUCAGAUAUUAGAACAUAUGAAGUUUCACCAGAAAUUGCUGAUCUUCCUCAGUUUUCAGUUGCAACAGUGUUGCCACAAUUACAGGCUCCUCCUAGCCCACCUAUAGGUUUAAUAACUAGUGCACUAUUUGAAAUUUCUGACAAAACAGUUACAGAUGAUGUAGAAACUUCUUCAUGUUUGGAUCCUCCUCGGAUUCGUUUUAGGGAUACCAAAAUACAACCUGAUAAAGGAACAUGUGAAUCAUCAGUGAAACAGGAUAAUAUUGAUGUAAAUUGUAAAGAACAAGAAAUUUCAGAUCCUGCUUCAUCCACAAAUAUAGAUAAAACAUUGGAAACUCCUAAAACACUUUCAUUUGAAGUUACACCAGUACAAAACAAUCAAAGUGCUAGAUGUUUUAACAAAGAAAAACCCUCCAAAGCUGUUAUUAGUUCUGAACAGAAAAAAAAUAAUGAAGAGAAUAGAGGCAAAUUUAUAACUUCCAAUUGGGAAAAAACCGAAGAAAAAAAUAUUGAUAAUGAAAAUGACCAAUUGAAAAAAAAAGGCCUAAAUGUUUUGUUUGGCUUUAAAAAAGGACUAAUUAAAAAAACUACAGAAAACAUUAAUAAAAAUCCUGAUAAUAAUUUACAAGAAAUUUCAAUAUCCAAAGAAAGCAAAAAAAUAGACAUCAAAGACCGUAUUGAACCAAUUAAAGAAAUUAGAAUCGAGAAAGCUGAAACAAGCUAUGAAAAAAUUAAUUUAAAUAAGGAAUACAAUAGCCAAGAAAAACAAUCUUAUGACUCAAAAGAAGAUGAAUCAAAAAAAGAUUAUUCUGAUAAGAAAGGUGAAGAAUCAAAAUACAGUAAAGUAAAAAGUCACUCAAAAUAUAGGAAAGACAAGUAUGAAAAGGAUUCACAUGAUUAUCAUAGAAAUUCAUAUGAUUAUCACAAGGAUUCACGUGAUUAUUACAAGGAUUCACAUGGUUAUCGAAAAGAUUUUCGUGAUUAUCGCAAGAAUUCAAAUGAUUAUUAUAAAGAGUCAGAUGACUAUUGCAAGGAUUCCCGUGAUAAUCGCAAAAGUAAAGAUGAUUACAAAAAGCGUAGGGGACACAGAAAACGUAAAGAUGAUUAUGACAGCUGCACAGAUAGCAAUGAUGAGGAUUAUCGACGUGAAAAGAAAAAAUACAGACAUUCAUCUAGAAGCGAUGAUGAGGAUUAUCGGUAUGAAAAGAAAAAGCACAGACAUUCAUCUAGAAGCGAUGAUGAGGAUUAUCGAAAUGAGAAGAAAAGGCACAGACAUUCAUCUAGAAGCGAUGAUGAGGAUUAUCGAAAUGAAAAGAAAAAACACAAACACUCAUCAAGAAGGGAAAAAGAAAGUCAUAAAAAUAAAAAACCAUCACUGGCCCAACCAUUUCUUCAUAAGACUAGCACUAAACACAGCAUAAUAGAUUAUCUCGCCCCUGCUUCCGAAUGUGAUUCUUAUGAUAUUGCAAUGUAUAGAACACCAUCUGGGUCAUAUUAUUGCACACGAUGUGAUUAUAAAUCUAAAAAUAGUUCUGAAUUCACGAAUCACUUGUACAGCAGAGACCAUAAGGAAAAGAAAAAGAAUAAAACAAAGCUUUCUGUUAAGAGACUAGGGCUUCGGAUACAACGAUAUCUUGUGAAACUUUUUUUUCCUAAUUUGUUAAAAUAUAACUGGUCACCCAUACCAGAUGACAGCUAUAAAUGGAGCCAUUGAAUUAAGAUAAAGAAGAAUCAAUUGGGUCAAAGCUAUAGAUCGCUAAGAAACAUUUU